AUGGAUAGCUUAUCGUCUUGGAUCGUAGAUUGGUUCAAAAAGUAUUAUAAGGAGUACACAUGGACUGGACUCCAAAUUGAGAACUACCCAACGAAACCAAAGAAAUUGCAGCUUGUUGAGUACAGGAAAUUAUCGAGGGCUGGUAAACCAAUUGAAGAUAACACUGAUUCAUCAGAAUUUUGGUGGGCAAUAGCGAGUGAUAAACGCGACAAAAUCCCCUGUUACUUUACAAAAUCUGCUUUGGAGAAUUUCGAAACAGAAGCUGAAUUACGUUUCACACAAUUAAGCGGUUCUAUUGUAUUCUUGCGUAAAUGGCAUGCAGAGAUAGCUAUCAUCGAGCAGCAAGUCGAAGGCGGCAUCAAGAGGAAACCACAUUUAUAUCUAAUCGUAGACUCUUUUACGUACGAAGGCUGCCUUGGUGAACCUGUCUUUGGCGAUCCCAAAGACGUUAUGGCCGAGCAACUCAUUGUUGACUUUGUGAGGAAUCAAUUACGAUCAGGUAGCUCCAGUCUUUCGGCUGCGAGCCUGCUUAGGAAAUCGAGCAUUAUGCGAUCACGAUCCGAGACAGCGCAGCUAUCAAGAAAUGCAACGCAAGACGAGAUUGAAGGUUCAAAAUCUGAUGAGAAGCCAGCCCUGGAGGAGAAAGUAAAACUGGAAGAGAAUAAAACAAGCAAGGAGGAAAGAAUUGUGCAUAAUCCGAACAAAACACUCUUCCGUCACUCUCAAUGGCCUUUGGACUUCACACUCGAUGAAGAGCGCUGCUGGAUGUCAGAAGAUCAACAACAGGAGUUGGCACGGAAAGGAGUAUUUGACCCAGACGCAGUUAGAGAAGUCAACCAGUCUAAGGUGAAACCUAUGGGAUAUGAAGCUUACUUCACUUCACAGUCAAUUUCACGCACCCAUGCUAAAAGCUCACAUGACGCACAGGCGCGAGAAGAAAAGAUGGACAUAGAUUCCACAGGAUCAACAUCUGAGGUUGCUAAGCCAGAGGUUGUCCAUACUUCCCAAUCUGUACCUGUAUCAUCCUUACUGCUUUCUAACGAGCCGCAAAUAUCUGAGAAACAGCCACCAAAGAUACCUGAAGAGGUUUUCACUCGGCCACAAAUAGCUACCAUCAGAAAUAACAAAGAAGAACACAGUAGGAGGGACAUUCUUCCAUCUAGCGAUAACAGAAGUAAUCUUGAUAAAACACCAGCACCAGUACUCCAAAGUGUUAGUCCUGGGUUCUUCCUACCGAGCGCCGGAGAUAAAUCAAGGGAGAGCCUUCAAAGGGUUGAUACUGCGAAUCAGCAAUCAAAACAGUUCAAUGGUUCGGAUACAUCAAUGGUUACAGAAGAACAUUCUCAAGCUGAGGUGACCAGGAAUCUAACCAAACAAAAUCAGGAAAUGGAAGAGCAACAGCCUGAGCCAGUAUCCUCUACGACCAUGUAUGCGCAUUGGAAAGAAUCGCAACUGAAAAUGCGAAGGCAAGCGCAGGUGCGCACGCGUUCUCAAUCAGAACUGAAGAUAGUAUCACAGCGAGCGCAACAGCCAGAAGCAGAAGUAGUGCCACAAUCAGAUUCGUAUUCAAAGUCACAGCCAGGAUCGCAAAUUAAUUCUCAACCAUCUCAGCCAUCUCAGUUAUCACUAGUAUCAUCUGAACAACCACUUCCAACACCUAUACCUCUACAUACAAGCAGUAGUGUAGUAAUAGAAGAAGAUGAGGACAUGGAGAUACGCAAGCCUGGUAAGGGUGUGAGGAUGCGUCAUAAAAGUGAGCAAUAUAAGAAUAUACGCAAGGCACCUCUAAAAUUCAGUGAUGAUUUCGACGAUGAGCUUGAACACGAUGAGGCGUUCGCAUUAGACAAUACACAGAGUAGUAAUAUAACUAAUUUACCGAUGUCAGGUCAUAUCAGCUCGCCUUAUUCAUCAAUACCAAUAUCGGGAGAUAAUCAAACUUCAAAUAGAAUACAUAGUCAGGGAGAUAUACCACCAUCGUCAUAUUCUGUGGUUAGUAUAGGAUCAAGUAUACCGAAUGUAGUUCGGGAUGGAUCUCAGAUGGAGCCACCAAAUGUGUCUCAAAUUGACCCUCCAAUUGUAUCUCAGGAGGUUAGUUUCAGAUUAUCACAAAGUCAAUUCCCACCUAUAGCAGGUGAUGAUGGUAACGACACUGCUUUCUUCAAAGCGACACAAGAAGUUGCAGAUAUAAGUCAUGUACCAGAUUCACAAGAAGUUAUUAAUAGUCGCAGUAACACCAACAGUAAUAGUAAUAAGAGUAAUAAUAGCAAUAAUAGUGUAUCGUACCCAACUCCAUCACAGUAUAAACAUCAAAAUAGACAAAUUUUAGAAGAUGUAUUUGAACAUUCGCAAUUUAAAUCUCAAUCAGUAGUGUUAUCACCACCACUUGCUCAAAAGCUACAAAAAGAGACAAUUAUAUUUGACCAAUUACCUAGUUGUAAACAUAAUAGGAAGGCAGCAAGUGAAAGAAUGUUACUUGAAGGUGUAUAAUAUAAAAGCAAUAAUUUAUUCAACAUGUUGAAAUGUAUAUAUUCC